GCAAAUAAGCGAGAAAGAGACCGAAAACAAACACACGCACAAGAGCUCGCCUCCACCACAGGUGUGUAGGUGCCAGUUCACUUUUCUCUCUUGCGCACUCUCUCUUGCUAUGUAGGUGUGUGUUUAGGUAUAUUGCCCUCCCUUUCACAUCCCCACAUCGCCUGCCGUGUGUUUAUUUCAGUGUCACCGGGGAGACAGAUUAGCUCUUGUCCGCCUGUUGUCGUAAAUAUCACGCACACACACUCCCCGUCCGCCCAUCUGUACAUACAUAUGUACAUACGUAGAAAUGGAAGUUGCUGGCUGUGUGUUUAAUUCAUUUUCGAGGUUUUAAUGCGCAACAACUGCGACUUGUUGUGUGUUUGUUAGGCCACAGAAAAGAAACAAAAACAAACAAAACUAACGUUAAGAAUUUAGAAAGCCCAAUGCAAACGGACGCACACACAUUCGGUUACCCCUGUCGGUGUGAGCUGCAUUGUACUUCCGAAGCCUCAAACCCAAGUUAAUAAUUUUUCCGAACUCACAGUGUAAGAACAAUAAACACGCCAAGCGCCAGUUGAAAAAGAAAUAAAAUAAAAGAAAAAGUAGCGAUCUCUCCGAGCAACAAGUACUUGUGCACCAACACAUUCAAGGGAAGUAGUGCCACGACAAAAAAGCCAAAGAGAGAAAAAACGCAGAGAAACCGAAACCAACAGCAAGACGGAGGAGCUAUGGAGGCCACCACUACCACAACACCUGACUUAAAUCGCGGCGAUGCCACCAGGAAGAGUGUGCGGCUGUAUGCCGCCCGCAAGGGGGCGGCACCUGCACCGCCCAAGCUCAGUGUGGCGCCAUCUAGCAACCAGGACAGCAACCACAGCUGCAGCAUCACCAGCAGCAGCAACAACAAUAAUAGCAGCAAUAACUUGCCGGAAACGGAAAAGGUAAUGGAACUGCGUCAAACACAUCUUGCCAACCAAGAUCUCGAUGGAGCAAUCGAAGACGACAGCAUAGUAGAGCUGCGACGACGUGAUGCCCAAGUCACUCCAUUGCCCAGAAUAGCCGUAUCGGCCUUGCCCACCCUGCAGCCGCAUCCCACGCCCAAAGAACGCCAAAAGCCGCCUAUGCCACGCCUCCUGUCCACCGAAGACGAUGCCGGUGUAUCCUUUGCCCUCGGCUCCAUCGAGAAGCACAUUCACAACGUGGAGGAGAGCUUCAAGCAACAGCAGCAAAACCAACAAUCCCAAUCAUCGAUGGACGUCAUGAAACUAGAGAUCAAGCGCAAGCAGAGUAAGCGAUACGGUGAAACGGAAAACCUAUUGCGACCGGGCAUAAGUGACAUGUCCUCCGAGAAUGACUUUCAGUAUUUGGGCGGCAGGCGGGCGGGCGAACUGGAUAACAGCAAUGAGCUGAUGCUAUCGGAAUUCCAGCGUGGCAGCGACGGUCGUAACUCGAUCGGAGCGUAUUCCAAGAACUCGGCAGCUGCCGCAAACGGAGCAAAUGCUGUGAAGGCUAAACUGGCACGUACUGCCUCUGACACGAAGAAUAAUGAUACGGUUCUGGCUAUGAGGGCCACUCUAAAGCAGAAGCAGCAGUUGCAGGACGAGAAACAGCCUGCAGUAUGGCGACCAGCUGGCACGGCACCCGUUCCGGCGGCCAGGAGCUCCUCGUCCACCAUGUCCAACUCCGCCUCCGCCAGUCGUGGCGGUAGCAGCAGCAGUGUAGUGGAUGGAGUGACUCCAUCUAAGCUAACGGCCACCACAAUUUCUGCGUCCAAGCGCCGUGAGGAGAACUUGCGACAAUUUGAAGCUUUGUUGGCCCAGAAGUCUUCCCAUCGUCAUGGAGCCUCUUCUGGAGCAUCUGGUGCCGCUGGAACUGGAAGUAAUGCAGCCAGCUCGAAAAAACGUUCGGAGCGGCCAAUUGUGGCCCCCAUUCCGCCGUACAAUUCCAGUCGAGCAGAGCCCGUGACUAGCUCGACCACAAGGGGUGUUGAUCCGACGUCCCAUUCGAGCAAAGCUCACCCGCCUGUAGGACACCAUCCGACUAGCCGCGUACCCAGCGUGGUGGCAAAUCGCAGCAAUGUGUACAGCAACAAUGCUGCGCAGGGUUCGCCUAACAUGCAAAUGCGGAGUAGUGCUCCAAUGCGAUGGCGCGCUACUGAGGAGCAUAUUGGCAAAUACAAACUCAUAAAGACGAUCGGCAAGGGCAAUUUCGCUAAGGUGAAACUAGCGAAACACCUGCCCACUGGCAAGGAGGUAGCCAUCAAGAUAAUUGACAAGACCCAACUCAAUCCUGGGUCACUACAGAAACUCUUUAGAGAGGUUAGAAUAAUGAAGAUGCUGGAUCACCCCAACAUAGUUAAAUUGUUCCAAGUAAUCGAAACCGAGAAGACGCUCUAUCUGAUCAUGGAGUACGCAUCCGGCGGAGAGGUCUUCGACUAUCUGGUUCUCCACGGACGCAUGAAGGAGAAGGAGGCGCGCGUCAAGUUUCGACAAAUCGUCUCAGCCGUGCAAUAUUGUCAUCAAAAAAGAAUAAUUCACAGGGACUUAAAAGCGGAAAACCUUUUGCUGGACAGCGAACUAAACAUCAAAAUCGCUGACUUUGGCUUUUCGAACGAGUUCACGCCCGGCUCAAAGCUGGACACGUUCUGCGGUAGUCCGCCGUAUGCCGCACCGGAACUGUUUCAGGGCAAGAAGUACGACGGACCCGAGGUCGAUGUUUGGUCGCUGGGCGUCAUCCUGUAUACGUUAGUGAGCGGUUCCCUGCCCUUCGACGGCUCCACCUUGAGGGAGUUGCGUGAACGCGUGCUCAGAGGCAAAUAUAGAAUUCCCUUCUAUAUGUCGACUGACUGCGAAAACUUGCUCCGCAAAUUCUUAGUACUGAAUCCCGCAAAGCGUGCUAGUCUGGAAACAAUCAUGGGCGACAAAUGGAUGAACAUGGGGUUUGAGGAAGACGAACUCAAGCCCUAUAUUGAGCCCAAAGCCGAUUUAGCCGAUCCCAAGCGGAUAGGUAAGACGGAAGCUCUAGUCGCGAUGGGCUACAAUCGGUCAGAGAUCGAGGCUUCGCUCUCCCAGGUGCGCUACGAUGAUGUUUUCGCCACAUAUUUGCUGCUGGGUCGCAAGAGUACGGACCCGGAAAGUGACGGAUCACGAUCAGGCUCUUCGCUCUCACUGCGCAACAUCUCGGGCAACGAUGCGGGCGCCAAUGCUGGCAGUGCGAGUGUCCAGAGUCCCACGCACAGAGGUGUCCACAGGAGCAUAUCGGCGUCCAGCACGAAGCCAAGUCGCCGAGCCUCGUCUGGUGCGGAAACUUUGCGUGUUGGACCGACAAAUGCGGCAGCAUCAGUUGCGGCGGCCGCGGGUGCCGUUGGUGCGGUUAAUCCAAGCAAUAACUACAAUGCUGCAGGAUCAGCGGCGGAUCGAGCAUCAGUUGGCAGCAACUUCAAGCGACAGAACACAAUCGACUCGGCUACGAUUAAGGAGAACACAGCGCGACUGGCCGCUCAGAAUCAGAGACCCGCUUCGGCCACCCAAAAGAUGCUCACCACGGCAGACACCACACUGAACAGUCCCGCCAAGCCGAGAACGGCAACGAAGUACGAUCCGACGAAUGGCAAUCGCACGGUCAGCGGCACAAGUGGCAUCAUUCCACGUCGCUCUACCACGCUUUAUGAAAAGACUUCGUCGACGGAGAAAACCAACGUUAUUCCUGCAGAGACAAACAGUGGAUCGGCAGCUCCCGCUGGAAAGGGUCAUACCAAAAGCGCGUCUGUCUCGAGCCCUCGCCCCUCUACAGACGGAUGCGUCUCGGUCUCAAAUGACCCACUCGGAACGAGUCUGUUCGAUCGACUUAGAAUGGCAUCGGCUGUUAAAUCAAGCAGACACUUUCCAAGGAAUGUUCCAUCACGUUCAACCUUUCACUCUGGUCAAACCAGAGCACGAAACAACACAGCGCUGGAAUACUCGGGCACCAGUGGUGCCUCCGGCGACUCCUCCCAUCCGGGUCGCAUGAGCUUCUUCUCCAAACUCUCCUCACGUUUUAGCAAACGUCCCACAACCGCAGACGAUUCGGCGAAGCCACGAGUUCUACGAUUCACAUGGUCAAUGAAAACCACAUCGCCCCUGAUGCCCGAACAAAUAAUGCAAAAGAUCAGGGAGGUGCUGGACCAGAAUAACUGCGACUACGAGCAGCGGGAGACAUUCGUCUUGUGGUGCGUGCAUGGAGAUCCCAAUACUGACUCGCUGGUGCAAUGGGAAAUAGAAGUGUGCAAGUUGCCACGACUUUCUCUGAAUGGAGUGCGUUUCAAGCGAAUCUCCGGCACCAGCAUUGGCUUCAAGAACAUUGCGUCUCGCAUUGCUUUUGACCUCAAGCUGUGACUUAACCAAACGAACAACGAGGGGAAUGCGGCCGCCACCGCCUCGCGGCCCCCUGAUCCAUCCGACACCUUGACCACCGCCAAUUGUCGGAGGCCGAGCAACGACAGCACCUCCCGGCUGUCGGAGCUCUCUCUUCUAUGUCGCUCACUAACCAGCCAGCAGGGCUCCCAGCGGCGUAAGAAGAGCAGGCUGUCCACUGGUGGCAGCGAGGAUCAGAAGAAAUCGAACUCGUUGCUUUCGGCGUUCCAAAUGUACUCUCCCUUCAGUUCCAAGGAGAAUCUGCAGUCCAGCGAGGAGGUUGAAGAUCUACACGUAAUUGACACACAGCCAGGACACUCCGUGGAUGUGCCACUCUUCGCUGACUUUAGCCCAAUAAAUCCGAUUAUGGAAGAGGAUUCUGAGGGCGUUGAAGGCGGCAAAACCAGUGAAGCCAAAGGCAUUAGUGGUGGCGGUGGGCAAAAGAGCAAAGGCGAUGGCGGUGGCAGCGGCAGUGGCGGUAGUGGGGGCAAUCGGUUAAAGAGGAACAUCAAGCACACCGGGAGCCUGAUUGUGCGUAAACUAACUGCCGGCAGGCACAAUGAUGCGGACAAGAAGGGUGCGAUUAGGAAGAAGGAUAAGGAGCAGCAGGAAGUGGCGGACGCGGAUAAGGAGAAACCAGGCAGCAAGCCGGAGGGCAAGGUAGCCAUGCUUCGCACCACAACCCUCUAAUGGAAUGGAACACGGGCGUGGCAUGAGCAAUACGUUUAAUUGUGGGGCAGUUUGUAUCUAUUGAAUGAGUGAUUAUGAAGGCAAUGCGGCGAAUUCCUGCUGGAAUCUCAAGAAAUAAUUAAUGUUAGCAUCUCUCCGUAGAUCGAACGUAUUGAUAUAUUACUACACAUUACAAUCAAGCAGACAAACUCCUCUAUCUAUCCACACUGACAUGCAUUAGCACCCGCAUAGAUACGCACAUAUUUACAUACGUUAUUUAUUAGGAACCUAGUUAAUGGGCCAGCAAUAUUUGUCAUCGAGCUGCAUGCAAGAUGGAACAGAAGUGAAUUCAAAGGGUAACAGAAACACCACUCAAUAAAACAGUAACAAUAAAUAUUAACAAGAAA